AUUUAUAGAUUCAAAGUUUGUUACAUCCUUUCAUUAUGACAAAUUUGUAUAUUUUUUCUUUAGAGAGGAGUCUAUUGAACACUCACAAAAGAAGAUUUAUUCUAGAGUUGGCAGAGUUUGUACGAAUGAUAAAGGCUUUGGGUUAAAUGAAAUAACAAAGAGGUGGACUUCAUUUUUGAAAACUCGUAUUACAUGUCACAUGCCCGGAAUAUUUCCGUAUUAUUUUGAUGAAAUUUACGCUGUUAGCGACAUCGUAGAAAAAAGUAUUAAAGGUAGAAAAGAAAAAAUAGUAUACGCUAUAUUCACUAUUUCAAAUUCUGGAAUUUACGGAUCCGCUGUUUGUGCUUUCCGUAUGAGAGAUAUAGAAAAAUCAUUUGAAGGUGAUUUUAAAUUUCAACGAGAUAGAGAUUCUCUGUGGCUACCUUUACCAGCCAGUAAAAUACCGAAUCCUAGACCCGGAACAUGUUUUAAUAGCAAUGGAGAUAUUUCCUUAGAAGAACAAGAGUUCCUUUAUUCUUACAUUCAUCUUAUGAAUGAAGAAGUUCAAUCCUUUAUUGAAGAACCUGUAUAUAAAGACGUUUCUAAUUGUCGCCUCACUUCAAUCAGUGUCGAUCCUCAAGUAGAAACAUUAAAUGGGAAGAAAUUCGAUAUUCUUUUCUUAGGAACAAAUUGUGGUAAAGUAGUAAAGGCCAUUUAUUUUAUGGAUAAGAAGAUUAAAAGGAUUAUUGUUGAAAUGAUUCGGGUUGCUAAAAAUAAUAUAAUCAUCACUGAACUUCUUGUACAUAAAAAUAAAUUAAUGAUAAUUACACCAAACGAAAUUUAUAGUAUACCAAAGCAGAGAUGUCAACAAAAUGCUAAAACUUGUCGCGAUUGUGUUGGAUUACAAGAUCCUUACUGUGCAUGGGAUGAAACGAUGAAGAUAUGUACUAGUUUUGAAGCAGGGAAAAAUGAUACAACGAAUUUUAUUAUUCAAAAUAUUGAAGGAGAUAAAUAUUUCUGUCUCUAUGAUGAUGCUAAUCAAUCUGAUAAAUUCUACAAUGUUACCGCUAUAGUGAUGGUCAUUAUUAUAUAUGUUUUAAUUACAACUUGUAUGACUUUCUUUAUGAAUAAAACAGAAAAUAUUACUUUUCCACAAUUUCCUCGAAGAAGAAUAAUUCAUCUACAGUGAAGAUUCAAAUAUAGGGGAGACCGGGGCAAGAUCGGCAUGUUAAGCUUUACUUAAAUUUUGUGUAAUAAAUACUGCUGUAAACUGAAAAAAAGCUUUGCAUAUUGUCUAUUGGAAUG